AUGAUACAAAACAAUAUUAAUAAUAAAUCAAAUAAUGAAGAAAAAAAUGAAAUAUUAUUUUGGAAAGUAAUUAAAAAUAUAUUUUUAUUUAAACGUAUAACAUCAUUUUUAAGAGUACACUUUAGAUUUGGAUAUUAUGGAUAUUAUGAAAUUAAAAGUGUUAAAUGGAUGAUUAAAUAUAAAUAUUACUCCUUAUUAAAAGAAAAAAUUGAAAAAGGUGAAGAAGGAUUAUCAUUCUUUCAUUAUUAUUAUCAAUGUUUUAAAAGUUCAAAACUUAUUGUUUAUUCAAUAUUUAAUGUUGAUGAACCUUUAAAAUCAGAUAAAUCAUUCUAUAGAUCAUUAUUUAAGAAUUAUUAUAAUUAUUUUAUAAAUGAAUUACUAUUAAAUAAAUAUGAAUGUAUUGAUAGUGAAUUCAUUUUACUAUCAAGCAACAACAACAACAACAACAAUAAUAAAAAAGAAAAAGAAAAAGAAAUUCAAACAAAAGAUCAAAAACAACUAUUUAUGGAUAGAUUGAUUGAUUAUGAUAAUCAUGUUGCAUAUUCAAUAAUUGUUGAAGAUUAUGGAUUAUAUAAACCAACUGAUGAUGAUUUCAUCUAUUCAAUUAAUCAAGGAUCAUUUAAUAUAUCACUUUAUUUAAUAUCAUCAAACCAAAUUAUAAUUAAUAAAUCAAAUAUUGAUAAAAUUUGGAAAUCAAUAUUAUUUCAUAUUGAUACUGUAUCAAUUGAAAUAAAUGAAAAUAAUAAUAGUAAUAAAAUUAUAACUUGUUCAGUUAAUCCAAAAAUUGAUUUUUUAAUUAAUAAAUUAAAAUUACAACCUCCAAGUUCAAAAAUAAUAAAAUCAGUUACUGAUUUUAAACUCAAUCAUUCGUUUACUGAUUUGAAAUUAAAUGAUUUAUUAAAUUCAUGUUUUUCAAUUUCAUAUCUCGGCUUUUCAAAAAAUCAAUUAAAUAAUAAGAAAAAAUUAAUUGAAAAAUAUAAAAUCCCAUUUUCAGGUUAUAUGAUACCUGAUAAAGUUUCAAAUGAAUUUUUAACUGAAGAUUAUUUUUCAUUAUCAACUGAUCAAUUACAAGAUUAUAAAAAGAAAUUUGAAGAAUUUGAACUAUUAGGUAAGUUUAUUGGUCAAAUUGAAAUAAAUUGGGAAUCAACAACAACAGAAAUGAUUUCAAAUUUAUUUAAAAUGAUUUUACCAUUUUUAAAUAAUUCAAGAAGUUUUUUAAUAUAUGUUUAUUAUUUAGCUAUGAUAAAAAAACAAAAUAAUAAUAAUAAUAAUAAUAAUAAUAAUAAUAAUAAUAAUAUCCAAUAUCCAAAAUUUAUAAUUUCAAUGGAUGAAAGAUCAUUAAUAUUUUUAAAUUCAAAUAUAAAUUUAAAUAAAAAAAUUAAAGUUUUAAAUGAUAUUUUAAAUAAUUAUAGAAAUCUAGUUUUAAAUGAUGGUGGUAGUGAAGAUUCAUUUCAAAUUAGUUUAACAUUAAAUUCAAUUUGGAAUGAAUUUAUUAAUUAUGAUGUAAAUAAAGAAUUGAUGGAUAUAUUAUUUCAAAAUUUUAAAAAAUUUCAUUUAACCCCACCUCAAGAUUCUUCCCCAAAGUCACCUCAAAUGCUAGAUUACCUUAUUAGUAUAAAAUAUUUCAUUAUUAUUAAUUAUAGUAAUUUUUUUAAUAAUAAUAUUGAAAUGUUGGGUUACUUUAAAUCAAUGUAUCCAUUAGAAUAUCAAAAAUCAUUAUCAGUAUUUAAACUUGGUUAUUCAAUUUUUUAUAAUGAUACAAUUGAUUUCGUAAUUGAAAAUAUCACUGAUUUCAAAGAGAAAUUAAUAACCUAUUACAUUGAUCAUUCAAUAAAUAUUAAUUCUUAUAAUAAUUAUCAUUCAAAUCAUUAUAAUCCAGAUACAACAACAACAACUAAUAAUGAUAUUAAGGAUAUUAAUAAUUUAGAUAAGAAUGAAAGAGAAAAAUGUUUAAGAAUUAUAAAUGAUCCAUUAAAAUUAAAAUAUUAUUUAAAAGAAGGUAGAUUAAAUCAACUAAUUCUAUUUAACUAUUAUGAAAAUAUUAGUGGUGAUGGUGGUAAUGGUGAUGGUGAUAGUGGUUUAUUAGAUUUAUCAGAAAUUACAAAUGAACACGCAAUUAUAAAUGAAAUUUGUUUUAGAACAGAUUUAAAAUCAAUUGAAACUUUUUUAUCAACUAAAGAUCCUCAAAGAGCAAGAUGGGUACUUUAUUAUGCUUCUCUUCAUGGUUCAUUACAAGUAUUUAAAUAUAUCCAUAAUAAUUCAAAUCAUCAUUGGAUUUUCAAAGAUAUUUCAUUACUUCCAAAAGAAAUCUAUCAUAGUUUUAUCUUUUCUUUUUUAACUGAUAUCGUUAAAAUUAAUUGUAGUUCAAUUAAAUUUGAAAGAUCUUUUAUUUAA